AUGGUUAAUACUAUUAAUCCAGAAGGUGAAAACGAUAAACCUUUUGCAGUUGGAAUAUUAUUUUUUCAGCAAAAUCCUCAAGAUUCUCAUUGUACUGCUAGUGUAAUUUCUACUAAUGAUGGAAAUACAGGAAUAACAGCAGCGCAUUGCCUUUAUGAUACUGAUACAGGUUGCUUUUCUGAUCAUUUAAAGUUUUGUCCUGGAUAUGACAAUGGAAAAGAAAGCCGUUAUGGAUGCGUUGCUGUCAUAAAGGCUAAUAUUCCAACUGAUUAUAUAAACCAUUCUGUUAGUGAUUAUGCAACAUUAAAAUGGUCAAGAAUAUUGAUUGUUACAUUUGGAUAUCCACAAGAUGGUGACAUGAAUUGUGCUGAAGAUCGUCGUACUUUUUGCAGUUGGAGAGGUAACGCAUCAAAGGAAAAUGACAGUUCUGUACCUCUAGAGUGUGUACCUCCAUUUCUUGGACAUGGUUCAAGUGGAGACCCUUGGUUAAUAAAGAAUAGUCCACCAAAUAAUUUUGGAUAUUUGAUUGGAAUAACAUCUUUUGCUUUUACUAAGACUUGUUCGGAUAUUUAG